AGAAGGGCGGGGCUAGAGCGAGCAGGCCUUAAAGGAGCCGCGCGCCGCUACAGAAUGAACCUGGAAGGACGUUGCAGGGUUAUAGGUCAGGAUGUCUGAGAAGAUCCUCGUGACGGGUGGUGCUGGCUAUAUCGGCAGCCAUUGUGUGCUGGAGCUGGUCGAGGCCGGCUACACCCCUGUGGUCAUCGACAACUUCCACAAUGCCAUCCGAGGGGGCAAGGCGCUGCCUGAGAGCAUCCGACGUGUGCAGGAAAUCGUGGGGACGGAGAUCCUGUUCCAAGAGCUGGAUCUUCUUGACGAGGCAAGCCUCCAGGAGCUCUUCAAGAAGCAUCGUUUCUUGGCUGUGAUGCACUUUGCGGGCCUCAAAGCUGUCGGAGAAUCGGUCCAGAUGCCGCUGCAGUACUACAAGGUGAACCUGACGGGGACCAUCCGGCUGCUGGAGGCCAUGAAAGCACACGAAGUCAAGAACAUUGUGUUCAGCAGUUCGGCCACCGUCUACGGAGACCCUGCCUACCUCCCCCUUGACGAAAACCACCCAGUCGGCGGCUGCACCAACCCUUAUGGCAAAUCCAAGUAUUUCAUUGAAGAGAUUAUCCGAGACGUGUGCAAGGCAGAACCGGACUGGAACGCUGUUCUCUUGCGAUACUUCAACCCCAUCGGAGCCCACAAGUCAGGCAGGAUAGGGGAGGACCCCCAGGGCAUCCCAAACAACUUGAUGCCCUAUGUUGCCCAGGUGGCCGUGGGACGUCGAGAGUGCCUGAAUGUGUUUGGGAAUGAUUAUAACACUGUGGAUGGGACAGGCGUUCGAGAUUACAUCCACGUGGUGGAUCUCGCCAAGGGCCACAUUGCGGCGUUGGAGAAGCUGAAGGAGAACUGUGGCUGCAAGAUAUACAACCUGGGGACCGGCACUGGCUGCUCAGUCCUGCAGAUGGUGAAGGCCAUGGAGAAGGCGUCGGGAAAAGAGAUCAAAUACAAGAUUGUUGCUCGCCGGGAGGGAGACGUGGCCUCCUGCUACGCCAACCCCCGCCUCGCUGAACAGGAGCUGGGCUGGAAAGCAGCUUUUGGCCUGGAUCAGAUGUGUGAAGAUUUGUGGAGGUGGCAGUCUCAGAACCCCACUGGCUUCAGCAAGAACUAGCCGCCAGCCCACGCUGUCCACCCCCCUCUCCCACCUCUUGGCUCCCCGGGUGGGUUUGUGUCUCGCUCGGGGAAGAAGCCAGCUCUUCUUCUGCACAGCUCCCCAUCCUUCCCCUCCCGCCACUGAUGCACAGACACUGAGCCGGCCUGGAGAGAGAGAAUGAUCCAGCCCUCUUGUUGUGUGUCUUCCCUCUGCCUUCUGUGCCGGACAAGUUGGUGCUGAGCAGGGAGGAGAAUUGGAAGCUGGUCAGCCUCUGCCGGGGCUCUGGCUCCCACUGGCACCCCCUGUGGCUGGGGAUGAUGGGAGUUUCUAGUCUGACGGACAGCAGCUGGAAGGCCAAGGUGGUGCAGCCCUGCUUGGAGGGGUGCGUCAUGCUCAAGCCGCCCUGCUGGGGGGACAAGCUCUGCCCUGCAGAAGGAAGGCCUGAAAGUUCAAGGUGAAAGCAGAGGUCCCAAGAGAUGUAAGCGGAUCAAGGGGUGCGUGGGGGAAAUGGGAGGCGGGGGGCUGGA